ACACACGUGUGAUAAAUGCAGAUAGAUGGGCUUGAAACCUUGACUCACCUAACAGCCUCUUCUCUGUCCGUUUCAGUUAUAUUCGAUCCAGCUUCAUUCUACGGACACUCAGAAUUUGAAUUCUCCAUCUCAAAGAUGUUUGGCGGAUUCCCAAGGUCCUUCUUUGACAGUUAUCAUGAAAUAAUUCCCAGGUCUUCCAAAUUUAAGCUCCGUGAAAGGCUUUACCAAUUAUUUCACUAUAUCAAUCAUUGGAAUCAUUUUGGUGGCGGGUACCAAGACUCCAGUAUGUCAACCCUAAAGGGACUGAUAAAGAUCUUCCAGCAUAGAUUCUGCUCCAAAUAUAUUCGAAAGGUUCCGGAAUAAUACUUACUGGGUUAUUUUCACAUUCAGCAGGAACUCUCAACUCCUCACACGCGUCUCUUUUAAAAGAACAAUAUGAUGUUGUUGUUGUUGGUGGUGGUGUUGCUUAAUCCGAGCCAAGAACUGUGUUUACCAUAUUUCUGUUAAAAUGCGCUGCCUUUGUUGUAACUAAUUUUGAAAAUAAUAAAGAAUUUGGUAAAACAA